AUGGCAACAACAAAAGUUGGGAGGAUCAAGCUGGGUUCUCAAGGCCUGGAAGUAUCAGCUCAAGGUCUUGGCUGCAUGGGGAUGUCUGCAAUUUACGGUCCUCCAAAGCCUGAAGCUGACAUGGUGGCUCUCAUCCAUCAUGCUAUCAACUCUGGGGUUACCCUUCUUGACACCUCUGAUGUUUAUGGUCCCCAUACUAAUGAAAUCCUUCUUGGCAAGGCAUUGAAAGAUGGUGUCAGAAACAGAGUUGAGUUGGCGACUAAAUUUGGUAUUCACUUAACUGAAGGCCAGAGGGAAAUCCGUGGUGACCCUGCUUACGUGAGAGCGGCUUGUGAGGGUAGCUUGAAGCGUCUUGGUGUGGAUUGUAUUGAUCUUUAUUACCAGCAUCGUAUUGACACCAGGGUGCCUAUUGAAGUCACGAUAGGAGAACUAAAGAAGCUAGUUGAAGAAGGUAAAGUAAAGUACAUUGGUUUAUCUGAGGCUUCUGCUUCAACCAUUAGAAGGGCACAUGCUGUUCAUCCAAUAACUGCAGUGCAGUUGGAGUGGUCAUUGUGGUCCAGGGAUGUUGAGGAAGAAAUAGUUCCUACUUGCAGGGAACUUGGGAUUGGGAUUGUUGCUUACAGUCCUCUGGGGAGGGGAUUCUUGUCAUCAGGGCCUAAAAUGGUGGAAACUUUGUCUAAUGAUGACUUCAGAAAGGUUUGUAGUUAUUUUACAUAUCUACCAAGGUUCCAACCUGAAAAUCUCAAGCAUAAUGAACGCCUCUAUGAGCAAGUUAAUAAGAUAGCAGCAAGAAAGGAAUGCACCCCAUCACAGCUUGCAUUGGCCUGGAUCCAUCACCAAGGGAAUGAUGUCUGUUCCAUUCCUGGAACCACCAAAAUCGAAAACUUCAAUCAGAACAUUGCAGCUUUGGCCUUGAAACUAACACCUGAAGAGAUGGCUGAGCUAGAAUCCAUUGCUUCAGCAGAUGCCGUGAAGGGAGACAGAUAUACUGGAACUUUCGCUACCUACCAUGAAUCUGAAACUCCUCCCUUGUCUUCUGGACAACCCGUAUGAGGAUUCAGGGCCUUCCAUUCACUCACCACAUUGAUACAAUUUUCAUCAUGAGCUAUCGACCUAGCUAAUGUAAUUCCAGAGUGAUGUGCUUCAAAUUUUUGUGAGUUCUCUACUUUAUGUUCAGAAAAUAAAGUGUUAUAUUGGAAGUAUC